ACCUGCUCACCUUGUGUGUGGUUGCAGCAAACCAGCACCACAUACCUGCAUAUCUGAUACAGGAGCAUUCUUUGUCUCUCCACUGCUCUCUGCACGUCUGUCAUUCCCACUCUCUAAAAAUCUGUGUAUGGUUUUCUGUAGUGGACUAUUCCUCUUAAGAUAGUAAAUAUGCCAGUGAGAGUGUUUUUUACGAGUGUGAGUGCUUCUACACAGAUUAAGAAAAACCAAGACAGAAUAUUUUCUGUCUUGACCUCUAAGAAGAUCAGCUUUCAACCUGUGGACAUUUCCCAGAAUUCCAGUGACAAGGAUUUAAUGAGGCAGGGAGCAGGAAAUCCAGCUGCACUGCCCCCACAAAUAUUCAAUGGAGAUGUUUACUGUGGAGACAUCACUGCAUUUGAAAGUGCAAUUGAGCUGGAAGAAUUAGAGAAGUUCCUUAAGCUCUAAAAGGAACACGGACACUCAACCACGUUAUCAUGCUCACUGCAUUUUCUAUUCAUACUUCUGUUUGUUUCAUCAGAGCUACUCAGAGAACAUGCUGGUUUCUUUUCAUGGAGUUUACUUCAUAGAAAAGCAUAUGAAAAGAAAUGAAAUGUUUGUAAAAUUGAAAGAACAUUUGUUAAACUGCUCUUGAUCAGAUAAUAAAUUACUUCAGUGGGAAAGUAAUUUAGGGGAUCAUAUUUUGUUUUAAGUUGUGCAACUGCAACUUUGGAAAUGGAUGAUUUUAAAUAAAGAA